GAUUUAAUCAAUUGGUAUUACGAGGGGGCGUGGCCUCGUUUGCCUCGCGCACCUGCAAACAUUUAUAAAAGUGGACCAAACGUUUCCCGCUCUUGUGCGAAGCUCAAUGGCGACUUGACCAUCAUCUGGAGUCCUGUUAUUGCCGAAGAAUAAGACGAUGAUUAAGAUGCUGCCGGACGCCUAUGGCUGCGCGGUGGCCAACAGGUUCGGGAAUCUUCCAGACGACGAUUCCGACCCGCUGGACCUGAUAAACGAGGUGGAAACCGAAAAGGAGAAGCAGAGGAAGAAGAAGAAGGAAGAGGAUGAGAAGAAGGGCAAGCAGAGAAAACCCGGUCAGAAGGAAUCUCAGAGGGACAGGCGUGUUCCUAUAGUAACUCCAACCACACUGACUCUUCCAGUGGUUGAUGCAGUCUCCAAGCAGCCACCCCGUGCUGGAGACGAGCGUGUGGACACCAAGAGAGGCUCAAAGACGGCUGCCUUCGGGGAACGUAGGACCAACCCAGCCGUGUACCCUCAGGAGUUCUCUGUCCCAAAGUCUUUCAACGAUCAGGAUGCAGAGCCCAGGAGCCGAGGGGGUGGCCGGGGUAGGAGAGGAGGAAGCAGGGGGUAUAUUAGGAACCUAGAUACCACUGGACUCAGAGGCAAAAGAGAGUAUGACAGACACAAUGGAACUGGCAUCUCUCCUGAUGAGAAGAGAGGUGGCAGAGGUCCCUGGAACUGGGGAUGUGUGGAAGAACCAACAAGCGAGUCAAUGGAGGUGACGCCCGAUGAUGCUCACGUCCAAACUGAGGAGGCUCAAGCCGUAGCUGAAGACAAUCAGAACAUUGCGGAAGUCGAUGAAGGUGACAUGGUGGUUCAGGUUGCCAUGGAGAUGACCCUGGAUGAAUGGAAGGCUCUGCAGGAGGUCAGUCGUCCGAAGGCCGAUUUCAAUAUCCGCAAAGCUGAGAACACCAUUCCAUCGAAGGCCAAGGUCAUCCACCAGUCCAAACAUGUGGAACAUCUCAGGGACAGUCUGGAAAUGGAGGACUGUAAUUUCUUCCGCCGCUCCAUGAAUGACAUCACCUCCCUCCUGGACAUCAACUUUGGCAGUCUUGGACGCCGGGGCAGGGGCAGGGCAACCCGUGGUUCGGGUCCACCGGGCAACCCAGAAAGAACCAAACUGCUGGAGAAGGUGAGCGACGUUGCGCCUGACCCGGAUGACCCAGAAGACUUCCCAGCACUAUCAGCAGGCAAUUGAGUUCAUGCUCCAUGUGACCGAUGUGGAGGGGUGGGGGGGAUGGUUGCACUUAAAAUACUUGCUUAAACAGUUUUCAUGGUUCCUCUAUUCUUGAAGUGGUACUUCAGACUUUGUCAGGAAGUUGUAUGACAGUGAGCAGUGGCCACUUUGUCUCGUGAGCAGAGUUCUGGUUCGAUUUCAGUGAUGAGGAAUGUUCUGGUUGGUUGGUGGGGCCACUGAAGAAAAAAGCCUUAAAGGGUAAUUUGUGUCACGAAAAAUCAGACCUCUCAGAUUUCUCUUACCUGGGGGGUAAGCUACCGUUGAUGCACUACACUGCUGAUGGGGGUGUCAUACAUGUCAAAGAAUGAACUAUCCCUUUCAGGUUUGGUGUUUUUAUCCUGAUGGAUUUGUUCUCAUUCACAAAUGGUACUGAGCUUUGACUGCUUGAAAAUAAAGAUGUUUACUGUUACGAACUCUUUAUAUCUCACUUAAAAGAAAGUGCCAGUACAUAAAGCAGGGUAUGUACUGUAUAUAU